AUGAGCGACUCGGCCACGCCGCCUAUAGUGAACAGGAGCAGCCCCGCGACUGCCGUUGACUUGCCAGCGAAGACACCGCCGAAUCCAUCAACGGCCCCGUCGACGACAGCGUCAUCACCCAAGCCCCUUCGACACACGCCUCCACACAUUGAAAGCACCACUAAGCUCGCGAGAAAUGUUUCGCCCGGCCUGCUGGCACGUAUGAAGUUUCUCAACCAAAUAAACGACAACAACAACAAGAGCGCCGUCGACGUCGGCCGCAUCGAGCAAGAUCGACUGCGCCGGCUCGACGAGUUCCGCAAAGCUCGCAGCCUCGACAUCGAGCGACGCGGCACCGCCUGGAGUGGGAGGCCCGGCCAGGACGGUCUUGGUCUUGCCAGCCAGCGAGCCUCUCCGCUCGUGCCACAGUCGACGGGCGAGAGCGUGCCUGCGCUACUGAUGGAGCCCGACUUUAUGAGCGACCACAGCAGCGUCGUCAGCACGAGCGACAAGGUCCUGCCGUCCGAGUCUGAAGCCGACGUCGAGCUUGACAUGCAAAAGUAUCGCCUGCCGGAUGUCACCAAGCCCGAGAAGGCCCUCACUCAGACCAUGAGCGCGACCGAAACAACUACGGAAAGCGCGACCAACUCCCCAACAACAAUCACCACCACCACCACAAACACCACAAACAUCGCCACCACCACCACCGCCCCAACUACCACUACCAUGGCAGUAGCGACCGAGACGGAACCUGCUGCCGCCCCCACGCCCCCGCCCAAAGACACUCCCCCCCUUCCCCUCCCCUUGCCCAUCGCCGACCUGCUGGACGAGCCUUCCGUGCUCGACGACAACAAUGGCAUCGACAUUGAGUCAUACUUCCAGCGCCGCCACUACCCCCGCGCCGGCUCCAUUUACACCCUCUCCAAGGCCAGCUUCACCAACCAGAUUCAGCAGCUCACGUCUAUGAAGCUGCCACCCACCACCAUCGCGUCCGAAAUCACCGCCCUGCCCUCUGCGACCCUCGCCGGACGUGCACUCCACAAGGCUGCAAACGACAUCCGUCUAUGGAUUACCAAAACCAAAGAGGUCCUCAGCGGCCUCGACGCCGAAGACGACGUUGAAUGGGCUGCCGCUGCCGGAAGAGAAGGACUCGCAGAAGUUGACAUCGCCAUCGGCAAGUUCGAAGGCCUUGUCAACGUCUACAUCUGCGCCAUCGAGGACCUCCAGUCGCGCUCCGACAUCGCGCUCCUGCCCGCCAAGGACCAGACCACGCUCGUCAGCCAGAUGGAAGACAUUGUCAUGAACUGGGGCCAGAUCAAGCAGACCCUCAGGGGCAUCAAGAACCAGGUCGAGGUUGCCAUGGAGUGGGAAGAGCUAUGGAACAACGUCCUGGGCGAAAUCGGUGCUGAAGUUGAGAACCUGAGCCGGCUGGUAUUCGAAAUGGAAGAGCGCCGGCAUCGCGUCAUUUCCGACUCAGUCGCUGAGGCCCCCGAAAAAUUCGACAUCUCCGAGCUCGAGACCAUUGUCGAAGAACUCCCGCGCAAGCAGGCAAUGUUGAACAGCAAGCGGUUUAGUAUGCCGCCUACACUCGCCGUCGUGUCCCCCAUUUCGCCAAUCCCGCAAAUUGAGCAGGAAAACUCGCGACUGCUGGCUCUCUUCGCAAAGUUGCAGCCACUGCGGGCCUCGCUUGACUUCCUCCCCAUGCGACUCAACACCUUCCAGAUGCGCGCGAGGUCCAUCUUUCCCUCCGCCUGCGACGAGCUACUACGCCGAAAAGAACAGCUAGAAGCACAGGAAAAGAAACUCGAAGCCGAAGCAGAUGCACUCAGAGAAGAGCUGGGUGAAGACAAGUGGGUGCACAGCUUCCGUCAAGCUGGCAGCAAGGCUGUUGCCAUGUACGAAUCGUGCAUGAAGAGCAUCCAAAGGCUACAGCAAGCCAUCGACGACAACGAGGAAGAGAAGCUGUCAACGCGCAUCGCCACGUACAAGGACAAGAGCAACCAUUACCCACCCUCCAUGCGACGCGUCCUGGAGUUGAUCGAUAUCGAGAUGAAGCAUAGGUCUACGGUUAAUGGCGAGAUUCUUCGAAUUCAGCAAGAUGUCCGUGCAAAGGUCGAGGAUCUGGAGACGGUGACUGCAAACAUGGAUGCCAUCCUUGCUGACUUUACAGCUUCGCGCAAGCUUCGCGACUCUGUCUCCACUGUGCUCUCGGCUCGCACCGAGGCAUCUUUUGCGCAAUCCAAUCUCGACACACCGGGCACCUCUCCUGCUUCCAGCGUCGUCUUGAGCCGCAACAACAGCGGACACAAGUCUACGUCUACAUCAGCGGCCAAGAAACCUCGUCAAACCAAGAGCACAGCUUCGAAGCCUGCAUUGCCUGCCAAUCGACGGUACUCAAGCGUGCCUCUGAGCACUACUGUCCCUCCUCGCAAGUCUUUGCCAUCAUCAGGACGCUUAGACUUCUCAUCUUCUCGUGCAAUGGCGGGUACUGCAGCUAGCCAAGCACGCGCAAAGACUCCUACAGACAGGCCUGCCCCGAAACCUCGCUGGAACUCUGACACGCACAUGCGAGACACUGUUGUCGGACACAACUUCAAGCCUCUGACUCUGACUACACCUUCGCCAUUCCGAAAGGACAGUGAUCCACCUGAAUUGCGACGCAGCACAGGCAGCCGUUCGUCGAUUCCCGUCAAAAGCCCCUUGGGCCGUUCUUCGGUGGUCUCUUCGCCCCCUUCCGCCCGCUCCUCUGGAUCCACAACUCCAGCACAGCGCCCUGUGCGAUCCUUGGCGAGCCCCAUGCGUUCCCCUGCUACACCUGCAAAGGACAAGUUACCAAUCCGGUCUACCCCUGGGACUUCACCUCAACCAAAGGCAAACACGCCAGCAUCAGACCGUACAACGGCGUCAGGCCGCCAAGUGUCCGUAGCUCCAGAAGAGGUUAACGGCACUAGCAAUGGGAACGGCAACGAGGAAAGUCCCGCAGCACGUCGUGCAUCUCGACCUCCUAGCGCUUCAGCCAAUCGUCGCAGCAGCUUCCUGCACUCAGCGAAACAGCGAACCCCAUCGACCUCCGCCCCGAGGGUUGAAUCGAGCCCUGCUUCUGCCACUGGACGUACGACCAGCAGACAUGCCAAUGCGGGCGAAGGACGAACGAGCGUAGCCGGUGAACGACGCACAUCAAGCCGCAUUAGCGGACGUCAGUCAAGCCAAGGAGAAAGGCCCGGUUGGAGAUAGGCUCUCACAAAACGGACGUUUAUUCUUGAUGCACCCGCAAACAACUGAACGAACACCUUCCACUCAUUUCAUCGAACGACAGCAACAUGACGCAUUCAUGUCAGCGAUAUUCCCAAUAGCGUUUUCAUCACUUCACUUCCACCAUGGAUCCUGGUUUGGUCCUCCACCCGUUCCUUAGUAUUGACUUUAGUGCCGAGUUGCUUUCUUCUUUGUUGGAACGCCUCCCGAUGUAUCAUUGACUAUUCGAUCUCACCUCUGGAUCAUUAUCCUCUGUAUUUGACUUGGCGUUUGAGCGGUUGGGAGAACAGUAUCCUAUACCCCGGUGUUGAUUUGUUUGCUUUUCCGAUACACCUUCUUUCCACCACAUUCUGCCCGUUUGUCAAGCGUCUGCGGGAUCUUUCAGCGCCGUUUUUUUUUCAAUUUUCUGAGCAUGUUCGAGGAAGCAGUCAACAGUUUGGUAGAUACUUUAACUAGAUUGGUACGCAUAGGUGGAGAGUUUGAGGAAAGGGCUAACACUAUGCACGCAUGGCGUUGGUAGUAGUUAGAAUUGAUACCAUAUUUGAA